AUCUUCUUGAAGGAACGAAAAGACGCCCUCUUUUCCUUUCCUCUUGGUGCAUGUACAUGUAAAACUUGGCUCUUCUUCUUCUUCUUCUUCUUCUUUAUUAGUAAUUAUUAAUAUUAUAGAAAAACUCAUCAUAGAUUGAAAAAGAGUAAAGAGAUGGCUAGGAGACCAUGUUGUGAGAAUAUGGGACUGAAAAAGGGGCCAUGGACACCUGAAGAAGAUCGCAUACUCGUUUCUUAUAUCCAACAAUUUGGCCAUGCAAAUUGGAGAGCUCUUCCUAAACAAGCAGGUCUGCAAAGGUGUGGAAAGAGCUGUAGGCUUCGUUGGACAAACUACUUGAGGCCUGAUAUCAAAAGAGGAAACUUCAGCAAGGAAGAGGAAGACACCAUCAUCAAGCUUCAUCACAAUCUUGGAAAUAGAUGGUCAUCUAUAGCUGCCCAGCUACCAGGAAGAACAGACAACGAGAUAAAAAAUUUCUGGCACACCCACUUGAAGAAGAAGCUAAUUAAACAAAGCAAUAGUACUUGUAGUAGUAGUACUGAUCAUCAUCAUGAAUUACUAGCCAGAUUACAUCCCAUGAUGAUCAAUAAUGCCAGAACCAGUAGUAGUAGUACUAGUAAUGCUACUGCUGUUCUUACGGCCACCGCUACUACUUCAGCCAAUGCCAUGGUUGUACACACCACUCAUCAUCACCAACACCAUUAUUACAAGUAUUCUACUACAACUACUAGUACAGCCUUUGAUCCAAAAUUUCAGAUCUCUUCGUCAUUAAACUCUGGUAAUGGUAAUAAUGGUCAGAUGAUCGAGAAUAAUAAUUAUAUUGAUGAUGAUGAGGAUGAUGUUAUGAAUGAAGACAUGAACGACUUUUGGUACAAACUUUUUGUGAAAGCAGGAGAGACUACUACUGCUGCUGCCCCAGUACCACCAGCCCUGGCAGAUUUUGGAUAAAUUACAACUUUAGUAGCUUAUAAUAAGAUUUCUUUUCUUUUCUUAUUUUCAACUACAUAGAAUUUUUUUUAGUUUGAAAUUUGUGGUGUCCAUUUUUGAAUGGAGAAAAUUAAACAUGAAAGUCUGGAUGAAUAUCAUUAUUUAUACUUAUAGUCAAAAACCUCAGUGAAUAAUAUACAACUUUUUCAGUUUCUAUA